AUGGCUUCAGCGGCCAGCACGGCACCAGGCACAGAUGACGGUGGCCGCAGGAAGCCCCGCCUGGCAGCUUCGCUGCAGAUGAGCCCCAGGCGUCCUUCUGCCAGCCGGGGCCAAGACCCCUGGGAGCCUCUGCCUGCCCCCGGCAUGGAGGACAAUGAGGGGGGUGGGCAGGCCCUGGCCCCCGCGGAGGGGGACGGUGCGCCCUUGGUGGGGGCCGGAGUCGGAGUGCCGGGGACAGCUCAGGCACCGGAAGACUUGGGGGGACAGUUGGGAAGUUCCCCGAGGGUCUCUGUCCCACCUGCAGGGCUCGCUGGGGACUUACCGAAGGUGGCCAGACAGCUAGGCCUGCAGCUCAAAGAUCUGCCGCCUGGCCAGGCCGUGGCCUUGCUCACUCAGUACGCGGCCAGUGUGGGAGUCUCCCUGAUCUUCCGAGAGGACCAGACAGCAGGCCCCUGCUUCCCCUUCUCUGUGUACGCGGAGCUGGAUGGGGUGGCCUGCCCUGCCGGCAUUGCCAACAGCAAGAAGGAGGCCAAGCAGCAGGCAGCCCUUUCUGCCCUCAGCUACAUCCAGAGUCAGCUGGAGAGCCCAGAGUCCCCAAAGAACCCCAGCAGGCCUCCAGCCAGUGAUCUGAGUGUAGAGAACAUCCUGACCCAUGAGCAGCGCUGUGCAGCGGUGGUUAGCGCUGGCUUUGACCGCCUGGUGAAUGAGACCUCGCCGUACCGGGCCUGUAAGGGGACUGUGGCUGCCGUCAUCCUGGAGAGAGAGGUCCCGGGUGCCAGGAGCCAUACCAAGGAGAUCUACGAGCUGGUGGCACUGGGCACAGGCAACAGCAGCUGUGCUGGCUGGCUGGAAUUCUCAGGCCGGCAGCUCCAUGACUGCCACGGUCUGGUCGUCGCCCGCCGGGCCCUGCUGAGGUUCUUGUACCGGCAGCUCUUGCUGGCGACACAGGGUGGCCCCAAGGGCAGGGAGCAGUCUGUGCUGACCCCCCAGCCUGGGUCCGGGUUCCCCUUUGCCCUCAAGCCCCAGAUCUUCAUACACUUCUACAUCAGCAACACCCCCAAGGGAGCUGCUCAUGACAUCUACCUCCCGCCACGGUGGUCCUCCGAGAGCAGCCUCCUGCAUAGCGCCCCCUUCCGCCUGCAGGCCCACAUCCGAGGGGAGCUGAAGCCUGUGUGCUACAUGUCCCCCACCAUCCGGGAAACCCACGUGGGCUGCCUCUCAGCCAGCGACAAGCUGUCGCGCUGGACUGUGCUGGGGCUUGGUGGCGCCCUGUUGGCCCACUUCUUGCCUCCCCUCUAUGCCACCAGCCUUGUCCUGGCCGACCCCUGCCACGACCCCCCUACUCUGAGCAGUGCCAUCCACACCCGGCCCAACCUAGAUAGGGUCUUGGGGUCAUGCCUGCCACCUCCCUACACCCGCACCACAUUACAUCUGUUUUCGGGCCCCCCUGUGGCUCCUUUGAACCCCACCUCCAACACCUGCCAUGACCUGAGCCUCAACUGGAGCCUGGGGGACCCUGAUGUCGAGGUGGUGGAUGUGACCACCGGGCGUGUGAAAGCCGAUGCUGUCCGCGGGCCUCCCUCCCGCCUCUGCAAGGCAGCCUUUUUCCGGGCCUUCCACCAGGCUGCCCAGGCUCUCGGGAGGUCCCACCUCCUGGCCCUGAAGACCUACGAAGAGGCCAAGGCUGGGCCCUACCAGGAGGCUCGCCAGCAGCUCUCUCUCCUCCUGGAACAGCAGGGCCUGGGGGCUUGGCCCUCGAAGCCAUUGGUGGGCAAGUUCAGAAACUGA